UAAUAACUACAUUUGCCACCACGAAAGGAACAAGCUUGUAACCUUCCAUCGCAAUUUUGGUGCUCUCUCCCCCUUCUCCCGCGUUCUGCUUUCUUUGUAGGCACGUGCAUGGCCAUCCAUCUACCAGUCAACCCGUGGACCGUCCGUUUCUCAAGCAGCGCGGUGUACGACCCGAACCAAAACCGUGACAACUGGUGAUCGGUCUACGCUUCUGCUGCGAUGAGCCACGUGUCUAGCCCUCCGACGGUCCAAUCUGUUACAGUUCGCUUUGUCGGUCCCGCCUAUGGGUGCACUUUUUAAGGCUAAGGUUUUGGGGGCGGCGUCUCCACGUGCUCGCCCAACGGGCUCCUACCAAACGUUCUCACCAAAUAAUUCUCCCUCAAAAGUUACGCGCACCUCUCCUCCCCUCUCAAAAAAUAUUUCCAUUUCUAUGAUUUAAAUUAUAUUAAUAGCUAUAUAUUUAUGCUAUUGUACGACGAAUGUACAAUUUCAUAGCCCUCCGAUCCUGGAAACAUUAAUUAGAGCACUUCAAAAAUUAACUUGACGUCCCAAAUUAAAAUUUCCACUGACGCUGGGAGGACUUGCACUCCACUGGAAACACUACCGUCGCAGCGCUUUCAUCACCUCAUUUCUGUCACAGCUGCGGCCUAAGUGGGGGUGAAAUCCUCCUGCUGUCCGAAAUAAAAGCACUGGAGAUUCCUCUCAUUCUCAUCAGUGGAAGCCAAAUGUCGCUACUUCCUCCAUAAAUUAUUUAUGAAAUCCAGGAGGAGGAAUAUUUAAAAAAAAAAAAAAAAAGAAUCUUCGAUCUUUUGUGCAUCCGAUACAACUAGUUAUGCAGAGAAGUUAGGAUUUUGGAUUAUUAUUAUUCUUCUCCCUUUUAUUACUCAUCGUUACAGCAUCAUUUUUCAAACCAAACGGUCUGACAACCAGCUCUCUCGUCUCAGGCUUUUCUUCUGUCUGUCUCGUCCUUGAAGAAAGAAGGCUUUGUUAUCAUCUCUCUCUGUCGGCAUCCAAAGGCUCGGCUCCCACCAGCUGCCCGCUCGCCUCUACUCUCUGUGGUAUUGGAUGCUGAGCACUUGAACAUCACGUGCGUCAGCCUGCUGUUUUGCCUCCAUUCUCUCUCUCUCUCUCUCUCUUCUCGUUUUUAUUUUUUGCGUUUGGUCUUGUGCUCAGAAAGAUAUGAGUAGUUGCUGCCUGGGAUCUGCAAGCUUCUAGGUGUGAAUGACACAAAUAUUUGAAUCUCGACUCAACAACAAUCUACUUCAAGAACAGUUACCUGGCCUAGGAAAUAAAGUUGCAUCUCAUAUUAGCUCUGUCUGUCUGGAGAAAAACAUGCUAGCAAUUUCAGAUCUGUUGAGGUCUUUUGCUUUGAGUUUUAUUUCCAUAUUGUAGUAUUGCCAAGUUGUUGUUGGGGGAAAUGCGAGAUGCAGAGAAGAUUGUUGUGGCUAAACCUGUGCCUUCUAGGCCUUGCUCCAAUCUCAGGUCCUUCUCGGAGCUUCUUGCUGGUGCCAUGAAUGCUUCUCCUGCAACUUCGUUUGCCGAGGCCACGGUGGCCAUCAGGCCAAAGACUGUGAGAUUUAAACCCACAACAAAUGCUGCCUUGGCUGAUGUUUCAUCCUCGGAUGUCAUAUCUAAAUCAGCAGCUUGUAGUUUACCUGAUAAGGCAUCAACUACAACUUCGAAAGCAGAGCAUAAUUCUACUAUCUUAUACAAACCUGUGGCAAAAGUUGUUUCAAGGACUACUGCUGCUCUCUUGGCAAAUCUGGGAAACUUUGACGCCAGUCAUCAACUUACAACUGCAACUGUUUUGGAGCAAGAAAAAAACCAAUUCCAGUGCCUGCCUACUCUCAACUGUCAUCAGGAUUCAUCUUCACACAUGGAAAUGGACCACAUUUAUGAGCCUUCAAAUUCUGCGCCUCCGGCCACGGAACAAGAUGCAAGAAUUCAACAACCGACAACUAGUGGAGAUCGACGUUCUUAUGAUGGGUAUAACUGGAGAAAGUAUGGGCAAAAGCAAGUGAAAGGAAGUGAAUACCCACGAAGUUACUAUAAAUGUACACAUCCAAAUUGUCCUGUAAAGAAGAAGGUUGAGAGAUCUUUUGAUGGUCAGAUAGCUGAAAUUGUCUACAAGGGUGAACACAAUCAUCCUAAACCUCAGCCCCCCAAGCGGCUCUCAUUGGGGUCACAAGGGCAAACUUUUGUUUCUGAAGGGCGUGGGAGGGAGAGUGGUCAUCGCUUGUGGAACGGCCAUCUUGUUGAGGGGAAUGCAUCUGAAGAACAAGUGGAUAAUGACAAUGAAACAAGUUUUCCGGAUACUUCCUCUUUUCUUGGGCAGACACAAUUUUCUCAUGAUCCUCUUCUUGCAACAUCAUAUAAUAGUGUUACCAAGAAUCCUGAUACUACUGGUGGACCUAGUGGGACCUCUGAGGUUGGAGAUGGAACAGCUAGUUUAGACAAUGACAAGCCUAAUUAUAAGAGAAGGAAGACUGAGGAUCAAGUUAGUGGAGCAGGUGCAGUAACAGAAGGUGUUGCAGAGCCUCAUUCUGCAACACAGACUUCCAUAGAAGCUGAUGUCUCAGCGGAUGGCUUUCAUUGGCGAAAAUAUGGACAGAAGGUUGUGAAGGGAAAUUCAUAUCCAAGAAGUUACUACAGAUGCACCACUCCCAAAUGUAACGCGCGUAAGUAUGUUGAGAGGGCAUCGGAUGAUUCGGGAUCUUUUGUUACAACAUAUGAGGGAAAACACAAUCAUGAGAAGCCAACUAGAAAGACAAAUCUAGCUGUUUCUCACCAUGAUGCAGGAGGCCUUAGCAAAUCCAGGCAUAAUUAGAACACAUCAAAAAAGGAAGGGAAAGCAUGGAUUGAAAUUUAUCUGGUGAUCCACCCGACAAGAUGUGAUGUUUCUAAUCAAAAUCAAGCAAUCUUCAACCUGGAAAGAGAUUUGAUGACUAAAGAUGGUUAUUUAUGUUCUUAAAGGCUCUGCGUUGUCGCGACAUAGCAAAAAUGGUUAUCUUCAUCUUUGUUUUAGUUAAUAUUAUUCAGUAUGGCUGGUGUAGACCAAUUAGAAGUUUAGUGCUGCCCAAGCUUAUGAUACUCUGAAUUUCUUUCAUUCAGAAAUAAUGUGAAUGUCUUCAAUGGUUUGCCUUUUCCUUCCCAUUUAACUUGUAUUUUAUUGCUAUUAAAAAAGGCUCUGCUUUCUUACAAAGCUUGCAGUACUCUGCAGUUCUU